CGACGACUACCUCACCUACAACAGCACACACACGUUGGUUUGGUCGUCUCUCAGGAGUCCCGUUCCACGCUCUACGGCCAGCGCCUCUUGCGCUCGGUUCCACCUUACUUCGUCGCCCCUCUCCACUCUCCACUCUGUCGCACUCGGUCCUCUUCCCGGCGUUCACGGUCCUCGGCCAGCAAGCCCUCCGGCAUCAUUCCACCAUUGAUCACGAUACCCUCUGGCGUUUGAUUUGACACUCUUUCGUACUCUUUCUCUUCACUGUAUCUUUAUCCGACGGCGCGCCGCUUCCCGUGCGCCGCCGUCUGUCUUUGCUCCAGCUGCCGCAGCCUGUGGCUCUCCUGACCCCUCCCGCGUGGCUGUUGCCAGCCAGCUGCGACGACCGUUAAGGCCGUGUCGACCGCGGCAUGCCUGUUAUCGAUGGCGAAAAGUGGGCUUGCUCGUCCUGCAUCAAGGGCCAUCGAGUGAGCGGGUGCAACCACAAUGAGCGCGAACUGCAUCACAUCAACCCCAAGGGUCGCCCCGUCAAGCAAUGCGAGCACUGUCGCGGCGCGCGCAAGUCCAAGUCCCACCACGCCAAGUGCGAUUGUGGCGAUAAGAAGGACAAGGACAAGCUCAAAGACAAGGGCGACACGAAGGCUCAUGACAGUCCCUGCCAUUCCUGCCAGUGCCACUCGGGCGGCAAGUGCAUAUGCGGAACCAUCAAGAGCGAGACCCUCGACCUCAAGCUCGACACGGCCCGCCAGUCGCUCCACGAAGCACGCGCAAAACCCAAGCUGACGACGACGCACUCGGAGAGCCAGCUCACCGUCUUCGCCAACGGCCACCACAAGCCCUGCCACCGCAACAACAACACAGCCCACGUCUCGGGCGCACCCUACAAGAUUCCUCGUCCGCACACGCUCCACGGCCACUCGUCUUUUGCUGCGUUAACACAAAGUAACCACAGCUACAGCAAGCCGGAUGUGCCAGCCACUCGCUCCAUGGACACGCUCUCGCUGUCCAACAACGAUUUCUACGCCAUGUUUGGCUCCACCCAACGCUCCGUGGACGGACUGCCCAUGACGACCAUGGCUGCUAGCGUCGAUACGGUCGGCUUCCAGGACUCCCUGUUUACCAACCAGAGCGGCGCGUUCCCUCAGGAGAGCAACUCACCCAGCAGUAACCCCAGCGAGACGUUCUCGAGUCAGCAGUGGCCUUGGGCCACCGCGGCUACGCCCGUCAACGGCAGCUUCGCAUUUGGCAGCCUGUCUACGUCACCAUCGCAAGAUUGUCUUCCCAACUUCGAUAAUGAGUGGUCAAUGCCUUCUGCGGGCUUCAAUCCGCUCUGGUCUGCAGGUGAUCUUCCGCUGGACCCUAGCAAACUCGACGACAGCUUAACGCAGCCAAUGUCACACAGCGGCGAAUCCAAGCAGAGCGGACCUGGCCUUACAGUUGCUUCAUCGGUUCACUCGGAGAUCGAGGGCCCAACGUUGUACGGAGAUAUGGAAUUCACGUCGCCUCCAUCCACUGCCAGCGAAUCGUUGUUUUGGGAGGAUCAGCCUGUUUAUCGCCUCGCUACUUCUGGUCUCAAUCAGAAUCUCGCCGCCCCUGUGUCUAUGCCUGCUAUGACAUCUGUGCCAAACACUCAGGGCUUCGAGCCAGACCUUAUGAAGAGUUUGAAUACCGCGCCCACCACGAUGCACAGUGCUUUCUCGAACGAUUUUGCCGAGACUGCCGCCAUCGCCAUACCGAAUACUAUUGACGACAUUUCAAUCGAGCCAUGGCCGAUAGAACAGAGCACUGGCUCUUUCAACGCAUUCAAUGCUUUUGACUUGACAUACCCCAACAACUGGUUAUAGACGCCUGUAUGGGCAAUGCAAAGUGCUGCAGUUUAAGUCCUGCUGAUGACGCCAUGAUUGAUGACGCUGCUGGUACGCGAUGAUACCAUUCGAGCCGAUCCUCCAUUCUUAUUCAGUCUCUACGACUUCUCCCUUCGAUACGGGGGCCUUUUUGGGUCCUCGGUGUAUAUUCCCCAGGCACUGGCCUCGACUUCGCUCGUUGUUUGUCUGCGAGGCCGUGUUACAUAAUUUUCGGUUUGCCUGC